AUGUUUCUUUCCCGUACUCUCGCAGCUGUUAUACUAGCUUCAUCUACGAUAUCCGCUCAACAAGUCUCCCACUGCUCGGAUGAUGUAUGCUUUGCCGUCAACGUACCAGCCUCGGCUGCUUCGAGUGGCUCAGGAGACAUAUAUAUCCAAAUGAGUGGACCGAAUACAAUGUCUUGGAUAGGCAUUGGACAAGGUUCUGCUAUGAGAGGUUCCAAUAUCUUUGUCAUGUAUGCAGAUUCGACUGGGAAUAAUGUCACACUCAGUCCUCGGCGAGGUGUUGGGAAUGUACAACCAAACUUCGACGGAUCUACUCAGGUUACUCUACUUGAUGGUUCCGGAAUAAUAAAUGGUCGAAUGAUAGCUAAUUUUAGAUGCUCGAAUUGUAAUAGCUGGAAUGGUGGAUCAAUGAGCUUUGUCGAUGAUUCCUCUCAAUGGAUUUGGGCGCAUAGGACCGGACCUGCAUUGUCAUCCGACAGUGUUAAUGCAAAUAUUGGAUUUCACGACGGAUAUGGAUUCGCAAGUUUGAACUUACAGACGGCUGCUGGCGGAGAAAGCGCGAAUCCAUUUUUGACGACUGAAGCCGUUUCUACACCUACCCAAACAUCAUUUGGAUCUAGUCAAGCCGCCACUGGACUUUCCGAUUAUACAAAAGUUCUCAUCGCACACGGGGUCUUGGGUUCCCUUGCCUUCGUAAUUUUAUUCCCUUCAGGUGCGAUAGCAAUCCGGAUCUGCAAUUUCCGCAAUUUGCUCUGGCUCCAUGCCGGAUGGAUGAUUGGCGCUUACAUGAUUGUACUUACAUCACUUGGAAUGGGUGUAUGGUUGGCCAAUACACGUCAACUUCUAGGCUCAGCCCAUGCAAUCAUAGGUCUUACUGUUGCUGGAUGUUUGUUACUUCAACCCAUCUCCGGAUUGACGCAUCACAUGCUCUACAAGCGUCACGGUGGUCCAAGUAUCGCAACUUAUCCUCAUGUAUGGUGGGGCCGUGCGGUUAUUACUCUUGGUAUCAUCAAUGGUGGUUUGGGUCUGAGAUUAGCAGGUAAUAGUAAAGAGGGCGAGAUCGCGUAUGGAGUAGUAGCGGGUUUUAUGUGGGUUUUGUGGAUGGCGGUUAUUCUUCUCGCAACAAUGAAAAGCAGAAGUCGCCGUGGUGGUAGUAUGGACCGACGUGGAAACUCGGUGAUAAAGGAGAAGUCCAGCACGGAAGCAUCGUACUUUCAUGAUCAAACGCCGCCCCCUCAGUCUAGCAGCCUGCCUAUUUCUCAUCAUGCCUAG